GACGAGAGAAAGAUAAAGCCGACGUUUUUCAGUCACCCUCCAUUGAACGAAGUUAGAGUUCUAGAGUAACACUCCUAAUACCAGGACAAACUUCUCGACAUUACCAAAAAAUUGUAUCCGUUCAAACUCAUGCGAGCCUACAUCUACGAGGAGUCUUCGGAAGACCAAAGAGCCGAACAUGACUCAAAAGUUACGAUCACUUCUGAUGGCUUGAAAGAUUUAGGCGUGUUACAUUGGCAUACAGAAGAACUUGAUGAGGUCGAUAAGUUGGCAGCCGAACGAGGUUACAGAAACAGAGACCAAAUCAUCGUUAGUAAGGAAGCCAUGGGGGAUAUAUAUUUGACAAAGAUCAACUCUUUCUUCGAAGAGCAUCUCCAUGAAGAUGAAGAGAUCCGAUGGAUUAUCGAUGGAACCGGCUACUUUGAUGUUCGAGACAAGAGUGAUCAAAAUUGGAUCAGAAUUCAAGUUAGCAAAGGCGAUCUACUAGUUCUACCUCCAGGUAUAUAUCACCGCUUCACAGUCGAUACCAAAGACUAUAUCAAAGCCAUGCGCCUUUUCAAGGAUGAGCCAAAAUGGGUACCUUAUAACCGGAACACUGAAACCGAGAAGAACCCUUACCGACAAGCCUACGUGGAUACAUUUGUAGGCGGGAAUGUCCUACCUGUUCCCACAAUUGUCUGAUCCCUGAGCAAGAUACCGUUGGAUGAGUACAAGCGCUUUCUCAUAUGUGACUUGCCUAUUGUUGUACAGUUUGCGCUUAAAGGCAGUUUUUCACAAUAUAUACCGAUGUGUUCAUAGGGCAGUCUUUCUUUCAAUAAAUAUAUAUGUGUGUGUUUAUACGGCAGUCUUGCAUCACAUAUGUGCGCGUCUUUAUAACGCUUUCUCUCAACGGAUAUAUAUGUGCGUGUGGACUGGAAGGCUUCAAGCAUAUAAGAAUUCAGAUGCCACAACAUGAAUUAAUGCCAAACUAUCAAUUAU